AUGGAGUUUGUUGCAAGAAACACCACUAUACCAGUUCCACGCGUCCUUGACUUCUUCGAAAUCAAGGGCUACCGGCACCUUGUCCAAGAGUACGUCGAGGGUGAUGUAUUGGAGGACGUCUGGCCGAAGAUGACCGAAGAGCAGCGGCAUGAUGCUGUUCUGCAGCUCAAAGGAUUCAUGGACCAACUUCGAUCACUCCAACCGCCUCAGCCUGGCAGAGUCCAAGCUGUCGACGGUGGCCCAUUAAAUGACCCCCGGAUCAGCAGGUCGCGCUCAUGGGGCCCUUUCAUAUCCAACAUCGACUUCGGCGAAUUUUCUUUCAGAGGCGCUGUCAAGAAAAAUCUCGACAAAUAUCCAGGAGCUGCUGCACUUUACGCCAAAGUCGAAGAGCGGACAUGGAACACUGUCUUUUCUCACGGAGACCUUGGCCCUCACAAUAUCCUCUGGAAGGACGGGCGCAUCGUAAGUGUCAUUGACUGGGAAUAUGCGGGGUGGUUUCCAGAAUAUUGGGAGUACACCCGCACGUUUCUUGCAACUGGCCUUUUCCCUCAAGACGAAAAUCGUUGCAGUUUCUGGAGGUUAUUUGAUAGCGUGGUUGAUCGUUACCCAGAUGAACUUGCUAUCGAACAACUUCUGGCAGCCAAUUUCGAUGGCUUCUACAUAUUGUAA